AUGAAAUGGGAAUACUUUAAGUAAUAUCAAGGCUUGAUAAUUCAAACCAAUUUGUCUCCUACUAUAAAUAAUUUCAGCUAUGCGAAAUUCCAAAUUGCAGUAUAUUUCCUGCAAUUGUCAUAUUUUUUAAUUGAUGAUUCAAAUGAGCAAGUCUUGAGCCUGAUAAAAUCAUUCACCAAAAUAUGCUUAAUCUCUCCUUACUUUAUGGAUAAUGAUGCUAUCAACAUUUUAAUAGGUAUAGCUAUAACCCUGCUUAAUUGUUUUCCUUAUAUCAUAAUCACCUAUCGUUUUAUAAUGAAAAGUCAUAAUAGUGUAGAUAGUAUCUCAAAAAGUGUUUUAGAUGUAUACAUUGAUUAUCCUAUUAUAGAUAACUACCAUAUUAAUAAAUAACUAUUUUCUGAACUUCACUUGGUUAUUUUAUGUAUUACAACUUUACUAUAUUUGCUGGAAUUUAUUAAAUGCAAAUGAUCCAUUUCUUUUGCUGUUGUCAAUUUUUAAUUUAUUGAUAGCAAUAGGUAGUUUAUUAUUUUCAAAUAUCUAUUUUAUAAAUUAUGAAUUCUUUUAGUAAAGCUUACGAAAAUACUUUAAUUACAAUAAUAUUAUAGCUUAAUUACUUUUGAUUCCUUUAUUUUUCAUGUCGUUAAGAACAUAAUUUAUUUUUAUUUUACUUUCAAAAAUUAUCUUUGGAUUGUUCAUAUGUAUGUUAAUUGGAGAAGCAAUCAUUUAGUAUCCUUUUGGGUAAUCUAUAUAAUUCUAAUCAUCAUAGAUUUUCUGCUUAUGCUCAACUAUAUAAUUAGGGAUUAACAAUAUUCACAAUUGUUUAUGUGAUAACCACAAUAUAGAAAGCAUUCUCAAUUAAUUCAUAUUCAUGCAUUGUUAUAUUUUUAAUUUUACUACCUGUUUCAUAAUAUUUAACAAGUGCUUUAGUAGAAAUGAAGAGAUAAAAUGUUUAUUAGACAAUAUCUAAAUAAAAUUAAUAUUUUGAAUUGUUGUACAUAGAGAAUAUGUUUGAACUAAAUGGAGAAGCUUAAAAAUGUAAGCAGAAAGAAAUAGAAUACAUAACUAAGUUUUGUAUGCAUUAUACUCAUUGCAGACAGAAUAAAUGUUAAUGUAAGAAAAUUGGAUUUGAAAAGAUAAUUAAACUUGACCAAACUGUAAUUUUUAUUUCAUGUUUGUUUAAAAGAAGUUUUGACAAACACAAGGUUACAGUAUAAAAAAGAAUUGGAGAUUUUGAAGUUCUUUCAUUAAAAUUCUUAACAUUUAUCAAUAAAUUUAAAAGAAAUGGACCUAAGACUUAUUAAGAACUUAAAGUUCUUUUUUAAAAGUAAAGAGAAUAUUCUUUCUAUUUUAUUUAAAUGUGCUUAUUUCUGUAAUUCAUAAUAUAGGCUUAAAUGUAGAAAGAUGAAGAUUAUAACAUAAAUUCUGAAUCGCGUAGUAGAAUUUCAAAUGUAAAGUUGUAGGUUAGCAAAAGUGAGAGAAGCAUUGUAUAGAAUCUUUAUUAAAUGGAAUAAGUCAAAUAAAAUAUGCUUCCAUUAUUAAUUUAAGUAAAAAGUAUUUUAAAAUAAUAGAUUUGUCAAUUUAAAUCUGGGUUCUGGAAACAGAUAUAAGAGGGAAAGAUAGCAACAUUUAUAGAAAUAGAAAAAUAAUUGUAGUAACUUUAAUUAUUGUAAUAAUAAAUAACUCGAGAAUAUGAUAAAUAUAGUUCAAUAUUUUUUGUUAAUGGAAGAACCUAUAAUGUUCAAUUCUUAAAAUUUGAUGCUCUAAUUCAGUUGAUAUUAUAUAAUAACGCAAGAGCAUAUUAUGAGAUGGAAAAAGGUAUAGAUUCAAAAAAACUAAAUAGAUUGUAAGGAGAUUUUGGCAUAUGAAAGGAGCAUGAGUACUUUUGAGAUUACUAACAUUAAUUUUUUUAAAGGAGAUGCAAUAUCAGUCAAAGUGUGUAUAGCAUUUGGUCCAAAUAUUGGAAAAGUUAGAAAUAAAGUUAUUUCACCAUUGAUACCUCGAUUUUUUGGAUUUGCAGAUAUGGCUUCAUUUAUAGAUUAUACUAAAGGUAAUAUUAAUCCAUUGAUGCCUAAUUGGCUUUUGGGAGUCCAUGAUGAAAUGAUGUAAAAUUAUAUUAGAAGAGGAUCAACAUAAAGAAUUGGAAAAUAUUUUUAAACUUUUGCUAAACUAUGUGAUUAAACACUAAUUAGAUGUUAAGUGUAUUUGGCUCAUAAUUUUAGUCCAGAUUUAGAAGCUGAUUUUUCAAUGAUUGGAUGUUUAAAAAGGUUAGAAUAAGAUGAAAUAGAUAUUAAAGAUGAAUCUAAGAGAUUGCGAAAUCUGAUAUUUAAAGGACAGUAACAUGUUUUAUUUGAUAUUUAUGGAAAUUUGAUGGGAAUUACUUAGGGAUUGUAUAAAAUGAUAGAUAGAAUGUAAAGAAAAUUGAAAGAUGUAAAUAAAUAAGAUGAAGUAAAAUAGAAAUCUUUUGAAAAUGAUGAUUCAUCUGCAGAUUCAGAUUCUGAAGUGUAUUUAUAAACAUAAUUAAUAUUAGUUUUGAUGUUUAUGAAAUUAAAUGGUCUAAUUAACCUCUAACAAUAGAAGAUUUCUACAUAAAAGUUUUAAUUUGGAUGUUAUUUCCUUUUAUAACUGCUGAAAUCGAAUAAACAGGAAUUGAAUAUCUAAUGAAUGGUUAAGUUCCUCCUAAAGGAAAAUAUCCAAAUCCAAUAGAUCUUGAAAGUAGUAAUACCGUAGUAUCUAAUAAGGAAACUUACAUGUUUGUUCCUGAAGAUAUCAAUUUAUUUGUUCAAUAAUAUAACAAAGUAUUGGGGAAAAUCAAUGAAGAUGAGAAAAUCUAAACUUCUAAUUUCUCUUAUAGUGGAAAAAGAUCAUAAUACAUAGAAACAGAAUCUCUUAAUGCUAAAUAAUAGGUUUCUGUAUUUAAUGAGAAGUUGUGUUCUUUUUAUUUUGAAGAAUUCCUACGAAAACAUCAAUAAAUGGUAUUAGGCAACUUUUCAAGAUAAGAUAUGAGAGUAUCUAAUCUUAAUUAAAUGACAACUACCAUCUAACAUUCUGAAAAAGCAGAUUCAUCUUCUGAAAGUGAAGGACAAUUAAAAACUAGAGCUGAAUAAAUGUAUUACGAUAAAUUCUAGAAUUAUAUUUAAAGAAUUACUACUUAAGAUUUUAAUCCUAUUCCUGUUAUUUAUUCCAUUAAUUAUGAAGAAUUUAGGUAUAAAAAAAAUGAAAUAGAAAAUAAAGUCUAAAUGUUUGUUAUUGAAUUAACUGUUAAUGAGUAAUAAUUAGCAAGUAUGGAGAAAGGCUAUCGUAAAUAAUUAAGAGAUACAUUAAAGUAAAUGUAGGCUUAAAUGAAAUAGGAGAAAAGUGUUAAUUUAAAUAGAGGAUCUACUAAUGUAAAAUAAUCUUAAAUUUAAACACAAUUUGAAGUCAUAUCUCAAGAUUCUAUGAGUCUAUAAGGUAAUUUCAGUGAAAAAGUAGAACAAGAUGAUCAAAUUUCUCUCUAUUAAUUUUAAAGUCAUCCUUCAAAAUAGGAUGAAUAUUGCUUUAGUGAUUAAAAUAUCCUUACAGAUCAAUGUAUUAUUACAUCUGCUAAAGAUGAAUAAAAUAAAUUACUAUUAACUAAUAGAAAAAGUCUUUAAUUACUCGAAUAUGGUAUUUAAAGUGCAAAAAGUAAUGGAACUGAAAUUCAAUUUGAAUCAAAUAUCAGAUCAAAUCAAAUUGAUUUUCUUAAAGGCUCACAAAAAGAAGCUGCAAGCAAAGUCAUAAAUAAAUUAUCCUAAAAAAAUAAAUAGUAAAGAUUUUACAAUGAGUUAGAACAAAAAGUUAUUUAAAGUAAUUAAGAUAGAGAGAGAGAAAAAGUUGAAAAUGAGGAUUCCUAUCUCUUACAACUUAAAAAUUUCGAUGAAAAUUACAAAGCUAUAAAUCAAAAAAUUAGCGAAUUCCAAUAUCCUAAUUCCUAUAAAUUUUAAAAUUAUAUUCUAUUUGUUACAAUACUUUUAGUCAUAAUAUAUAUUUUACUUGUUUCUAUCUCUGUUUGGAAUUAAUAUGAUUAUGGAGAUUGUAUGAGUUUAAUACAAAUAUUACUUAAAUUAUAAAAAACUUAUUCUCUUAUUACACAUGGAUUAUUUCGAAUUUAAUAUUCAUAUGACUUUAAUGUUUCAAAUUUUGAUUAAUUACACAUAUUUUAUGAUAAAUAAAUAUUUACAGAAGUUGACUAAUUGAUUUAUUUUAGCAAUUUAGAAAAAAAUCGUAUCAAUGAUAUAGGCAUUACCCUUUCAAUAUUUUAUGAUAUUGAUAAUAGUACUAAAUCUGAUUUAACAAUAACUGAAACUAUUUAAAAAUCUUUAGCAUAGUUUUAUAAAAUUAUUGAAAAUUAAUUUGCUGAUUAUGAAUUACAAACUCAACUUAUUUAAUCUAGCGUGGCAAAUUUAAAAGAAAUUGGUAAACUUCCUUAAUUGGCUUUUGAUUCAUGUUAUGAUAAUAAAAUUGAUAAAGAAAGAUAUUAUUAAUAGUUAUUGAUAAUCUUUAUGGUUAUUAUAUUUCUAUUAGUAUUAAUUUUAUAAUUCUCAUAGAUUCCCAUGAUAUCAACUUUAGGGAAAUAUAAAAAAAAAUUAUAUAUGGCUUUAUUAGAUAUUAAUCAACUUUAAUUUGCAUAAGAAUAAGAAUCUUUUGAAGCUCUAGCAGCUACUCUAAAAAAAUCAGUUUAUGAUUGGAUGAUGGUAGAUUUUAUUGUUGAAGGCAAAAUAUUUGAUAUAGAAAAAUUCUUUUAAAAUGGAAUUUAUUCUGAAAAUGCUUCUACUAAUUACAUAGAUAAUUAAAAUAGAACAAAACAAGAAAAGAAUAAAUUAAUAAAAAAACUAAAAUCAUCUAAUAUUCAAUAAAUUAGAUAUAUUGUCUUGUUGAUUAUUGAUUUAGUGGUUAUAAUGUCAUAUUUCUUAGUGAUAUUUUUAAUAAUAUUUCUAUUGACUGAUUAAUUAUUGUCAGGAUUAGAAUUGCUUUUUAAAUAUUAGACUUUAUAAUCAUCAUUUAUAAAUGUAUUAAAUAAUGCUGAUCUAAUUGCAUACAAAACUUUAACUAAUUCAUCCUUAUAUUAUAAUGUUAUUUCAUAAAAAGAGUUUUAGAAUUACUCUUCAGUCCUCAAAGGAACUGAAUAAGACUUCUUUCUUCAAUAUGAUAAUAGCAUUAUUGGUUCAUUAACAGAUGAAAACAUUAAAUUUAAAAUAAAUUUUAUGAAUCAACAAACAAUAUGUGACAAUUAGAGUGCUUUGGAUUGUUCAUCAACUUUAGUUGGAAUCUAUAAUCAAUAAAUUUUGGCUUACUAUUAAUAGGGGCUGAAAUCAUUAAUUGUUUAAGUUUAUAAGAUUAUUCAGUAGUUCCCAUAAUUUUAUUAAGGAGAUUUGGUCAAUAAUAGUUUAACUGAUUUUGUUAAUUUUGUAGAAACAUCUGAGCAUAUAGCUUAUUUAGAUUAUGGAACAGAUCUCAUAAUUACUGCCUAUUCUUCGAUAGUUGAUAUGGCAUAAUAGCAAUUUGAAAUUUAAAUAUCAAAAUAUCAGCAAACUUUGAUUAUUUUUAUAUUAAGUAUAGGGCUCAUAGGACUUAUAAUUAAAGCUUUUUUGGGAAGAAUGUUAAUGAGAAUGUAGAAAUAAUCAAUUGACACUUGUUAAGCAUCAUUAUUAUUAUUAUCACCAAGGAGGUACACACAAAAGUCAAUGGCUAAAUUAAUCACAUAAAUAAUUUGA